AUGCAAACUAAUAAUGUAAAAUCAUGGAAAGAAGGAUUUAGAUUUGAGCAGCUUAUGAAGAAUAAAGCACUUCAUUCUGGUAUCCAAAGGUCACCGUACGAGGCAAUGUUUGGAACAGAUAUGAGAGUUGGUUUGACUACACGUUUUCCUAGCGAUUCCGUUGACAAUAUCAUUACUGAAGACGAUCUUGUAAUAUUUUUAAACAAUAUCAAUGAAGAAGACGAAAACGAAGGCGUGGAUGAAACAAAUAAUGUUCAAGGAGUGAAUGAAAAUUGUUGUUCGAAAGCAUCCAAGGACGAAGGAUUAUGUGACUUAAUAUGCUCAAGACAGAAAUCAAUCGAAAAUAAUAGAAAAAAAUCUGAAAUUUGUUUACUGAACCAAGCUGAAAAAAUGAAAUUUAGGUCUAUCCAUAAGUUUCCCCCAGCCAACAUUGGAGACAGUGUGAGAGUCUCUUUACCGGAUGUCGACAGAGCACGAGCAAACCCAAGAAAUAUUAUAUUUGCAGUUGUGUCUAUUGAGGAUGGGCAAUAUUAUAAACUUGGCAAUAAAUAUGGUACUUUGCCACAGUUAUACACCAGAAAUCAAUUUGGUGUUUGUCCUGUGUCUUUAAUACCGCUUGAUGAGGUGGUGCAUGUAGAAAAAUCAUUGAGGGAAAUUGCGAGUCAAAUGUCAGAUGGUGGUGGUCAAAGAUAUAAAAGGUGUUCAUGUAAGGGGAAAUGUGACACCAAUCGAUGUAAAUGUAAAUCAUCUAGCAUUUUGUGCAAUUCAAAAUGUCAUGGAAGCAUGCCAUGUAAUAAUAAAGGAUAA